AUGAACAUUAAAAUAUUUAGAGCAGCUAAAAUUUUAAGGAUUUUGCUUUUAUCACAAUUUAUUUUGAGGAUAAGUAAAUGCAUACUUUGCGACCCUAAAUGUACUUAUUGUGAUUCGUCUAAUAAUUGUUUCUAAUGCUAGUAGGGAUACAAAUUAAAUAAUUUUUCAGGAAUAUGUGAAUCUGGAUGUGAUGAAGGAAAUUAUUUUUAUGAGCCUAGUUAAUCAUGUCUACCUGGUUGUCCACAAGGUUUUGAGAUAGAUGUCAAUAGAAAAGCUUGCAGAUCAAUCAACUAUUGUGAUUAAAUAACUUAUAUAAGUGGAAAUCAAAAUUUUAAUUAGAACACUAAUAGCUAAAUUUUUAAAAACCUCUUAAUUGUCAGUGGGAAACAAAAUUUAACUGUGAAUGAAAAUUAUUUGAGCAUCUACUAAAUUAAAAAUGAUGAUUACGGAUUUUACCAUGAUGGAAUUUUAAAUGGACAUGAUACUUCUAUAAUCUCAUACACACUGUUAUAAGAAGAAAAUCUAAAUAACAUUCUGAUCAGUGUAAGCAGUAAUUUAAUCAUAGCAUGGGAUAUGGAAUAAGGUUUAAUGUAGGGAAAAAUAAACUUAACCAAUACAUUAUAUAUUGAUCCUUAUGCUUAUUAUCUAGAUUAAAACAUUUUAGUUUUAAAUUAUUUAAAUAUGAAUUAAUUUGCCAUUUUUAACCACAAAUAAUGGAUUUCAUCUGUGCUUAAUUCGACAAACGCACCAAAUGAAGCUGAAUUUUUUGUUCUUUUCUCAAAAGUUCAUCCAUCUCCUAUCGUCGGCUAUAAGAUUUAAUUUAAUAACUACUUAAUAAGUUACGAUUAAAACGAUAUGGUAGUAAAAUGGAAUAUUGAAAAUAUUUAAGAAUAUAAAAUUUAUUAGAAUUUUAAUUACACUAUUAGCUAGGUAUUUACUUUUCCUAACAAUUUAAAUAAUAAUAAUUCAGACUUUUUCAUAAUAAGUUUUGAAGAAAAUACUCAAAUUAACAUAAUAUUGAAUAAUAACAAUACCACUCUUAAUUAUUUUGCAACUAAUCAUUAAUCUCCAAUUUCCUACAUUUUUUUUGACAAAAAUAUUUAGUCUUUCCAAGCUGAUAUUGUUCAAUUAAUAUCAAUAAGCUAAACAGAAUUAAUUAUUUUUUCAUUUAAUAUGAUAGAUAUGACUUUUAAUCAAUUAAUAAGCUACUAACAAUAAGUUUUUUUUGCCAAAAUACUUAAUGAUCAAGUAGUUAUAGCUAUUUAAAAUGGAUUAAAUAUAAUUUAGAUUUCCUAACAAAAAUCAAAUUCAUAAAAUUUUUCAUUUUAAAAUGUUUUAAUAGCAUAAUUACAAGCAUCUGAUCUAAUUAGUGAUAUUUAGAUGAUGCAAAACUAACAAAAUACUACAUAUAUUAUCGUUGGCAAUUAAUUAACUAAAUAUUUAAUAAAUAAUCAAUUAAGUUAGUCAGGAAACUCUACUUUGACGAAUAUUUUAUCAAAACAAUAAAAAUAUUACAAGCAGCACUAUGGAAAAGUAAAUGGUGUAGUAAUAGAUACCAGCUAAAACAUCUAUAUUACAUACAGCUCUGAUGGUUCUUUUGGAAUUUGGGACACUAUUUAAAAUAAUAAAUUGAAUUUAAAACCUUUAUUUUUCUAACUUCCUCCUUGGUGUAACUCCCUAUAAACAUGUUAAAAUUCUAUAUUAAAAGCAUUGGUUAUUUCAACUGGUGUUUUGCUUUCUUAUUAUGACAAUAAUAUAUUUAUUACUUGGAAUGUUAGCAGAUACAAUUCAAUAUUAAGAAAUACUUACUAGCUUCCAAAAACCUUUAUGAAUUCAACUAACCCUUAAUAGGCUCUUUUAAGGACUAAAUUUUUAUCUAAUUUUACUUAAAGUUAAAUAACAACCAUCAAGUAAAAGUGUUUAGAGCUAGAAUACUUUCAGCUGACUUAAAAAAUAGUUGUAAACUACUUUUCACUUUAUUUAACUAUUGCUUCUUUACCGAAUUUGAACUCAACAACUAUAAAUUCUCCUGAUACUACUAUAAUAACCUAAGUAUAUUCACCUAUACAAAAUUAGUUUAUAAUAAUUACUGAAUCAACUUAUAUGUGGUAAUACUUAGCAAGUGGGAAUUCUUAUACUUAUAAUUGGCCUAAUUUUGUUCCAGUUCCAAGAAGAAAUUUUGGAGUUAUAUAAAAGUCUUAGUUUAUCGUUACCUAGGCUGGAUUCUCCUACUUUCAAAAUACAGGUUUUAAUUCAAUAGAUAACUAGGUAUUUAACUUGAUUUACAGUAAUCUAAGGGUAUGCUCAGUAUUUCCUUUCAAAGAUGGUAUAUCUAGUAUCAGUAUAGUCAACAAUUAGUUAAUUUUCGUUGGUUUUGUAAAUGGAAAUUUAAAAGUAGCUUAAUAUGUCUGUAGCACUUUUGUUUACUCAACAGAUAAAUGCAAUACUUAGAAUACAAUUUUUAAUCCUUAUUUAAAAAAAGCUUAUUUAUUUAAUUAUUCAAAAGUAAUUGUAGUUGAUUUAUAUAGUAAGACAGACACUUAACUUGCAUAUGGCCAUCCAACUACGAAUUCUGUUACUGUUAUUUAAGAUAGUGUUAAUGGGAAUAUGAUAUCUUAUUCGAAAGAAAAUACUUAAAAUCUAUAUAAAUUUAAUUAAAAAACUUAAGUAGCAACAUAAUUUUUAAAUGGGCAUAAUGCCUCAGUGGAUUUUGUAUUUUUAGAUACUUAAAAUGGCGUUUUAAUUAGCCACGCAACAUCAUUAACAGACUUAAAAGUAAUUGUUUGGUCUUAUUCUUAUGCAUUCCAGCUUAAGGUAUUUUUGGAUAUUCAAAUUUUUAACAGUCAAACACCUAUUAUUAGCAUCGUUAGGGCUGCAUUUGAUUAAAAUAGGAACUAAGUUUUGAUAUUGACUUAUUAAGGAACACUCUUUACUUUUAAUUAUUUAAAUUAUUAAGUUUCUACAUAGUAAUUAGUACCAAAAGGUUUAGAGUUUUACUUAGAUCCCAUUUAUUUGAAGUUUUAUGUUUUAUAUAAUCUUUAUUACAUUUAAAUUAGAAACUAUUUUACCCUUAAGCUUGAAAAUGAGAUUAUAGUUUCUUCUGUUUUAUAAAAUUAAAAAAUCAUACCUUCAAAUAAAUGGAUUACUUUAAUAUCAAGUAAUUUAAUAACAAUCAUUGAUAGAUAUAAAUAAGUUUAUUAAUCUACAAUUUUAUGCAAUCUGAAUUGUGGUGACUACAAAAUAUCUGAUAAAUUAAAUUUGUGUUUUUCUUAUUAGAGAGGGAAUUCAGAUAAUAUAGACGUUUUUGAUAAUGUUAGUGGAUCAUAUCUCUACACCAUAAAUGGAUAACAGGAUAUUGACAUUGGAGCUAUAAAGUUAAUUGCGAUUGAUGAUGUAAACUAUCUUUUGUUCAUUGGAAAAUUGACUACAUAUAUAACAGUUUUUUUCAAUUAUUUAACUCGAUAAGAAGUUGGAUAUACUUUCGAUAAUAUUUUUUUAUUUUAUGGCACAACAAUGAAUAAUUAGUUUAAUGCCUUAAGCGUUGCCGAUACAUCAACAUAUUAAUCAAUUGAAGAAUAGAUAACAAGUACAUUUAAAUUUUAAGAUAGCUACAUUGUCAAAACAAUAGAUUACUAUACAAGUCAAAAUGAUGGAGAUAUUUAUUAUGUUGACAGCUACCAAAUCGUUAGAAGGUAUAGAAUACAAGAUAAAAUGGUAAAAAUAAUUUGCUAGCUGUAAGUGUACAGGCAAAUAGCAUAUUUUAAUGCGUAUGUAUAUAUUCUCACAUAUACUCAGUUGCUUAAAUACUCUGACGACUUUUAGCCUAUUUCUAGCUCCUCUUAGUUAAAUAUUUAUGGAAAUUAAAUAUUAGGCAACUAAAGUUAAUUUACUAUUAUUAACACAAUAACGCUAGAUUCUCCAUUAAUUCAAUGCUAAUUUGUAUAAUAAUUCAGUGAUAUACUUAUAAUAACAUAAUCUGGUACCUUUACAAGGUAUAAUUAUCUUAACAAUACAUUAAUUUUUUAAGUUAGUGCAGGCUAUUAUUAUAGUUAUUACAAUCUUAAUUUCUAGUUCAUAAUUCUUGCAUCAUCUCUUAAUUAAGAUUUAGAAUUCUAUCCUUACAAUUCCAUAUUGCAAAAUUUUACUAUAUUUUAACUAACAAAUGUGACUUACCCAAAUAACCAAACUUUAAGUAAAAUUUUCAUAGAUGAAUUAUAUAACAAUUUGUAUGUAGUUCAAGCAAAUGAUAGAAUAAUUGAUAUCUAUUCUUUCCAAAGAAGCAUAUUAAAUCCUUCGAUGAAUAUUACAAAAGUUAAUUUCAUCCCGUACAUAAACACUAUUUACUCUGUACAGUUAGAUAUAUAUAUAGUCAGUGAUUAAUUUCCAGAGCUUGUAUUUAUGGCUUAAAAUACUUUUUUAGCUGUAGCAUAUUAAAAUAUUACUGGACAAAAUUUUGAUCUUUAUAUGAUUCAAAUUACUUUAUUAACCAGCGAUGAUGUUGUAAAUUAUUCUUUUAGCAUUCCCAUUGUAAAUGGAAUACCUCAGUCUAGCUAUUUCUAAAACUGCUUAAUUUAAAUUUAAGAUCCAAAAGCUAAUUACUAAGUUGAGAAUCUAUUGACAAAUUAAUAAAGCUACUUUUCUUAGUUCGGAUACUAAUCCCUAGGAAUUCAGUUAAAGAUAUUUGGAUCUUCUUUUCUCUAUUAUAAUUCGUUGAUGCAAACUCUUUAGGCUUAGGUUUAAUAUCUUGGUGAUAAUUAAAACAGCAACUUAAUUAUUAGCAAUAAUUUCUUUUCUUAAAACGAAAACGAAGAAAUAAAUAUCUCUAAUUAAAACUUAAUACUAACUUCAAGCCCAGUCAAAACUUUAACUGGAAGUGAUUAGCAGUCAAUUUUUGAUUUUAGGUAAAAUGAAAAUAUUUUAUUAUCUGAAAGUCAGUUUUCAGAUUUAAAUAAUAUUUCAAUAAUAUCUUAUACAAAUUUGUUUUAAGAUUAAAUAUCCACAAUAAUAGAAAAGAAUGAUUUAAUGAAUAUUUCUAGUAUCCUUAUAUAAAAUUAUGUUCAUCAAAAUUAGAGUUCUAUUUAAUUUUAAGGUACUUCACUAUUUAUCACUAACUCGUAAUUAAAUAAAAUUAUAUGCUAAGAAUGCACAGGCUCUUUUCUACAAUUUGUGAACUCAAUGAGCUUAUAAGUGUUGAAUUGUACUUUUAUUUAAAAUGUUGGUUAUAAUGGAGGAAGUAUAGCAAUUAUAUAAAGUUAGGGCUCAUAAAACUUAAUUAAAGACUCCUAUUUUACAAAAAAUAUUGCUUCGAGCAGUGGUGGAGCAAUUUAUAUGGUAAGCUCUUAUCUAAAGCUCUAUAAUACAACAUUCACUUAAAACUAAGCUGUGAUAGGUGGAGCUAUUAGGUAUUUAAAUGAGAAACCAUAGGAAUUCAAUACUUAGUACUUUUAAUAGAAUAAUGUGACAUUUGUUAAAAAUAUAGCUAGUAUACAUAGUUAAAACUGGGGCUCUUAUAUACAAUAACUUUAAAAUAUAUUCCAAGUUAAUAAUCUUUAAAGUGGAGGAUUUAUCAGCAUUUAAUUUUAGUUAUUUGAUGAAGAAAAUAAUCUUGUGUAUUAUGACUUAGAUAAUUGCAAUAAUAACCAAUAUACUUAAGAUAUUUGCAUUGAAUUAUCUUAAAUAAAGUUAACUUUAUUAUCUUAGGAUGACAGUAAAGUUAGAGUUGUAGGAUCAUAUACAUCAUACCACGAUGAAUAUAUAAAAUUAAUUUAAGGAUUCUAAAUAAUUGGAAUUUAACUUAUUGGAAAUCCCCUAAGCACUUAGUAUAUUUAUCUUUAAGCUGAAGGAUUAUUUUAAUUUUUUAAUAUUAGUUCAAAUAACUUGUUAUUGCCAAUUAUUUAGCAGACAUAUUAAGAUUAAUACAGCUUAUAUUUUAGGUAGUGUGAAAUUGGAGAAAUUUUUAGACUGAUAAAUUCUAUAUAUUAAUGUGUUUAAUGUGAUGUAGGAACUUACUCUUUAUAAACUCCAUCAAUAAAUGAAGAGUAAUCAUGCUCAAACUGUCCAGAAUAAGCCAACUAUUGCUAUAGAAGCUAGAUGACUCUAAAAGAAGGCUAUUGGAAAAGUGCUAAUCUUUCAGAUAACAUUUAUUAAUGUUAGACAAAAACAAGUUGUAAUGGGGAUUAAGAAAAAAAUUAUUGUGUAGAAGGCCAUUAUGGUCCACUGUGCUAAUAUUGUGAUGAAAACGGAUAAAUUUGGCCUGAUAAAUUUUAAUAUGAUAACAAAAAUGAAUGCAUAAAUUGCACAUAACGAUCAAUAAGUACAGCUAUAGGAUAAACUUUACUAAUAUCUUUAAUCCUAAUAAGCUAUUGUGUUUUUAACAUUAUAUCUUCUUUCAAAGCUUCUGAAAAGGUUAUUUAAGCAUAUUAUUUACGACUAAUGAAGUUACAGUGUAUUGCUAGAUCUGGUUAAAAUAAUGAAGUUAACAUGGCUGUAAAAGCUCUUACUUCUUAUUUAUAACUUUUUAAAAUCAUUUCAAUAAUGACUUUAAAUCUUCCUACAAUUAUUUCAAUCAUUCCUGAUCUGUUUGGAUCUCCAUCAAGCUCUGCAGUGAUUACAAAUGCUUGCGAAAUAGCUUUACUUUCUUCAGAAAGCAUGCCCCACUUAUACUGGAAAUCUUUAACUAUGAUAAUUUCCCCUAUUCUUUACAUAUUAGUUCUAUUGAUAAUUUAUGCGCUUUUAAUUCAUAAGAAGAAUAAUUUUACCAUUAAAAGAUCUCAUUUAAUAUGCUCAUUUGUCUUCUUAUUCUAAUUCGUUUAGCCUAAUAUAGUUUAAACAUUAAUUGCUCAAAUUUCUUGUGAAGAAUUUGAUGGAAAAAAAUAUAUCGCUGAUGAUUAUACUUAUGAGUGUUACUCUUAUUAACAUGUAAAGUUUAUAAUGUUUUUAAUAGGACCUGGAUUGGCAUUUUAUAGUGUAAUAUACCCAUCAUUUAUACUAGCUAUUAUUUAUAAAUCAAGAAAAUAAUUAAAUAAUGCAAGAAUAAGAUUGAGAUAUGGUUAUAUUUACUAAGAUUAUAACAGUAAAGGAUUUUAUUGGGAAUAUGUUAAGUAUACUUUAAAAAUAGCUAUAAUUUUAAUCUAAAAUUUCUACAGUUUUUCUGAGCCAAUUUACCUUGAUAAAUACUUGCAAGUUAUUUUAGAUAAAGUUCCUAAUCAAUUAAGAAACUCUGUUUAUUAUAAGUAUUUCCUAAAUAAAGCUGAUAUUCAUUCAUAAAGGGUUACCUAAAGAGCAAUCUAGCUUUGGAUGAUAAUUUAUAAGAAAUCUAAAUUUUACAGACAUUAGUCACCAUCUUUGAUUAAAUCAUCUUAUCAAGAUAACUCUCUAAAAAACUUAAACAGUUCAUCUAAUCAAAAUUCUCCUACUUUGCUACAAAAAACUAUCCAUACUAAAUACACUUAAAAUUCUAAUAACUAAUUAAAUAGCUUAUUUAGUGAAGUAGAUGAAGUUAAUAUUGCUAGCAGUUAGAGAGGUCAUAAUGUAUAAAAAAAAUAUUCUAUACAAUUUUAAGAAGAUAGAAUUAUUGAAAAUUCUGUACUUGAGUUGUCAAGUAAUGAUAAAUCUUAAGAAUAAAGUUAAUAAGAAAAAAAUGAUUAAAAAUAGGAUGAAACAGAGAUAAGUUAAGAAGUUAUAGACAUUUUUUCUGUAACUUAAAUAGAAAUACCUAAUAUAUAAUGUAAUUCAAAUUCAAAAAACAUUACAAAUGACAAAAAUUGA